AGCUCCGAGUAUCGGUAGUUGAUGCGCGCAGGCAGCAGGGAGACGCAAGCUGGCCCUCCGCCUGGCUUCUGGGCCGCCGCUCCGGCCUCGGUCCCCCGGCUCCUUGCAGAGACGGGCACGCCACCCCCCCGGGCUCGGCGACCAUGUGACUCCCCUCCCCACCCUCCACCCCCUUUCUCGAUGUGCGUCCCCAAAGCCCUGACCCGGCUCUCGGCUCUGUGGCUCCUCCUCCUCCUGCGGCUCGUCUUCCCUCCGCCUCCUUCGGGGGCUUCAGCAACACACUGUACUUUGCCCAGCCCUAUGAAUGUCCAUUUUGUCUCAAAAAACAUGAAGAAUGUCUUACAUUGGUUGCCACCAGAAGGAAUAGCAGCAGAAAAAGUAAACUACACAGUGAAAUAUUUAAUAUACGGCACAAAGAAAUGGAUUAAAAAUUCAGAAUGCAAAGAUAUCAGUCAAACUUGGUGUGACCUCUCACAUGAAACGUAUGACCAUAAGGAGCUAUAUCAUGCCAGAGUAAAAGCCUUUUCAAAUGGCAACUGUUCCGGCUGGGCAGAAUCUGUACGGUUUAAUCCAUUCACAGACACUAAAAUCGAUCCACCUGCAUUUUUCCUGUCUUCUACUGAAAACUCUAUUUCAGUCAUUGUGACUCCACCUGAGAAAUGGCAGAGAGCCCCAGGAGAGGAACCCGAGUAUUUGCAUCAAAUAUACCCCAGCCUGCAAUAUAAUGUGACUGUAUUCAACAAAAAAAUUAAGAAAAGGUGGACCUUCUGUAUUAAAAACAACAGCCUGGAAGUGCAGCAGUUAGAGCCAAACACACGAUACUGUGUCACAGUGCAAAUAUAUAUUACUCCACUUCUGCUUAGUGGAUUCUCUGAAGAGCAUUGCAUCGAUACUCUGAAAGAUCCUACUUUCAAGCAGACAACAACAGUCAUAUUUGGAUAUAUUUUGCCUGUCUUUUUAACCGUUCUUAUCGUUUUGGUGCCAAGCUGCUGUAUAUGCAGGUACAUUUACACAGCGAAGCAAACGUAUCCUAAGAACUUGAUUUUGAAGCGCAGUAAUCAGUUUGGGGGAGAUAUUUUUGUACCUGCUGAAAAAAUAGUGGUUAACUUUGUCACUAUCAUUGAUGAGUACAAGAUCCCUCAGGAGAACACUCAUUUCCUAGAUCAUGCCAAGAGCUUCGAUGGGAUUUGUGAUGGAAACAAUAUUGAAGAGAUCUCUUCGAAAGAAGAACUAGAGGAAAAGCAUUCUCCAGAUACUUGCCUGAUUGAGGAGUUUGAAAAUGAGCAAGAUGGAAACAGGCCAGCAGUGACAGCUCUUGGAUCUCAUUGUACUCUCAGCCAGAGGCACAAUGAAGAGGUUGUGGUCUAUGAGUUUGACAUGAGGGCUGAAGAUGGAAUCCCAGCUGAGAACAAACAAAAAGAGCUCCACUUAAAAGAAAACAUUUUUGCUCUAGAGGGACUGCUACACAACUCCCCAAAAGCACUGUCACCAACUCCUGAAGGAGGACCAUCCUACUAUCUUCCAUUUGAUGUGAGAGCACCAAAUGUGUUUUUAGUGCAGAAACUAAGUGAACUCCUGUUGAAUGAGAUGGAGCUUGCCCCAGAAAGCCUUUGUAGUGACCUCCAACCUCCUUUGAUAAAUCUCGUGACUGAGAAGGCAGACCAGGCUUUUUGUCCUGAAUGUGGUAUAGUUACAGACAUUUGUUUGGUACAUGAUCAAAAGGAGCCCUUUUUGGAUCGGGUAGGCUCUGUGUCCAAAGAACCACAAUUGUUCACAAACGUGACUAGGUGCUCAGCCUCACCAUACUGCCCCCAGUUUGUAAUGUGGGCAAGCCAAGACCAACAGGCAGCGAAAGAAGCAGAAGAGCAGAGCUUAGUAGUAGCCUGGGGUCCCCAGACGGGGCGACUUUAUCUACCCUCAUUGUCCAACCUGAGAAAUGAAAUACAUGAACAAAUAAUUGAAAAGAAAAAGUAUGAUGAAUCUCUGGGGAAAGGACUUUUUCCUGGACUUUAUGAGAGACCAUACUCUGACAAGCCAUUGGAGGAAAAGAAGGAAGUAUAUCUCCGGUAUCUUAAAGAACAAUGGGGACUGCACAUACAAACGCAAGCUUAAGCACAUUUCUCUUCCUCUCACAGAUUUAUUGUACUUAAUUUUAUGUAGAAAAUAACUUUGUAAAUUAGCACCACUUGUUUAUAGUAUUUAGAACUGGUGACCGACCACAGAAGGUCGUUGAUUCUUAUCUGCAGACAACUGCAGCCAACUGCAUCUUAUGCCAUCUUGCACCAGUUUAAGUAUUUGAGAAUCAUGUUGAUUCAAACCAGAAUACCUUGUUCUAAAGUUUUGUAGUUCAAAACACAUGAGAAGUGGGGAGAGAGGACAUUACAUGCUGAAUUCGACUCCAGAUCAAAGAUGGAUCGUUCAGUUACUUGCAAGAACAUUUGAUAAUCUGUGAUGCCAUGUUUCUGUUCAGCCUGAACAGAAUUUAGUUGCCAAAACAGAAAGUUACCAACUUCUGGAUGACUUCUUUGCUAGAAGUAGGAUAUAGUCUCUGCAGGGGAAAAAAAGUAAUUAAACAGAGUGACAAUAUGUAUUGGCUGUAAAUCUGCUUAGAUCAAAAUAUUUUGCUUAUACUGAAUUUUAAAAGCCAGGUGAUUGCUUGCAAAAUACUCGUUAUUGGGAGCUCAGACUUUGAUGUCUUCCUUUGUAGCCUUUAGUCGUGUUCCUGCCAUUUUACACCAUGACCACUGGCCCAAAGAGAGUCCCACGAAAUUUGCACCCAUCACUGAAACUUGCUUGCCCAUAAUACGUGUAGGACUUAGGACCAGUCUACACAAUAUGGGUUACCAUAUUCCAAGUUGGUGACAUGAUGUCUGGCAUGAGUUCUUGCCACAAGUGUUGACUGUGUAAAUAUUAAACUGAAGUGUGUGGUGUAAAGAAUUUUUCUUUAAAAAAGUUUCCAUUGCAACGUGUUCUUACCCACACUGAAUUCUGGAAGUUUCUUAUACAUAAGUCAUCAUUAGCUUCCUGAAGGAAGUUGUAGAAGUCACUACUCUGAAGUAGAACCAUAGACACAUAGAUGGCUAGGUCAGUCUGCAUUCUUUAAGACAGUUUAAAGCCUCAUUCUUCAGGAUUAUGAUUCAAAUAUUCAACAUUUAACAGGCUCAAAAGAUACUAGAAAUCAUCAUGGAAUUUUUGAGGGGGAUUCAUUUGGUGGCAGUCUACCAACCCCACACACCAAAUGCAUAUGGUAACUUCUAUAAAUGAACAAAUAUGACUAAUGGAAAUGGAAUCUACCCGUGUUGAGUGUAUCAUUCAGAUUAGUUCGCAGUUCUUGGUGCAUAUAUGAUAUAAAAUGCCACUAAAUGAGGAGCAAAUAUUUUGUAUAGAUUAAGAAAAGACCAUCUUAACCAUUGCUUUGUAAUGUAGUGUGGGAAAAAAUGUAUUUUAGUACCAUCGUUUCUAAUGCAAGAUGUCUUCCUUUCUUACUGGCAUCAUCAGUGUACAUGAUCUGGUCAGUCUGAAUUAUUCAUUGUGUAUACACAGAACCUGUCACUCUCUGUGAUGGCAAACUUUGUUUUGCCAUCAAAUGUAUACUUAGCAGCUAAUCUUAAUAGCUAUACUAGAGCUAAUCUCAGCUCCCCAACCUCUGUACCUGUGUGAUACAUAUGUU